AUGGGUAAAGUCCUUGGGGACAAUCAUGGUAAAGUCCUUGGGGACAGUAUGGGUAAAGUCCUUGGGGACAGCCAGGGUAUAGUCCUUGUGGACAGUAAAGGAAAAGUCAUUGGGGACAGUAAGGAAAAAGUCAUUGGGGACAGGCAUUACCCUCAAACACACAACACUGCACCAACAUCUAACCCUCAACCACACAACACUGCGCCAACAUCUGAUCUCCAACCACACAACACUGCGCCAACAUCUAAUCUCCAACCACACAACACUGCGCCAACAUCUGAUCUCCAACCACACAACACUGCGCCAACAUCUGAUCUCCAACCACACAACACUGCGCCAACAUCUGAUCUCCAACCACACAACACUGCGCCAGCAUCUGAUCUCCAACCACACAACACUACACCAAUAUCUGAUCCCCAACCACACAACACUGCACCAACAUCUGAUCCCCAACCACACAACACUGCACCAACAUCUGAUCCCCAACCACACAACAUUGCACCAACAUCUGAUCUCCAACCACACAACACUGCACCAACAUCUGAUCUCCAACCACACAACAUUGCACCAACAUCUGAUCUCCAACCACACAACACUGCACCAACAUCUGAUCUCCAACCACACAACACUGCACUAACAUCUGAUCUCCAACCACACAACACUGCACUAACAUCUGAUCCCCAACCACACAACACUACACCAACAUCUGAUCUCCAACCACACAACACUGCGCCUACAUCUGAUCUCCAACCACACAACACUACACCAACAUCUGAUCUCCAACCACACAACACUGCGCCAACAUCUGAUCUCCAACCACACAACACUGGACCACCAUCUGAUCUCCAACCACACAACACUGCACUAACAUCUGAUCCCCAACCACACAACACUACACCAACAUCUGAUCUCCAACCACACAACACUGCGCCAACAUCUGAUCUCCAACCACACAACACUGGACCACCAUCUGAUCUCCAACCACACAACACUGCACCAACAUCUGAUCUCCAACCACACAACACUGCGCCAACAUCUGAUCUCCAACCACACAACACUGCGCCAACAUCUGAUCUCCAACCACACAACACUGCACCAACAUCUAACCCUCAACCACACAACACUGCACCAAUGACUGAUCCCCAACCACACAACACUGCGCCAACAUCUGAUCCCCAACCACACAACACUGCACCAACAUCUGAUCUUCAACCACACAACACUGCGCCAACAUCUGAUCUCCAACCACACAACACUACACCAACAUCUGAUCUCCAACCACACAACACUGCGCCAACAUCUGAUCUCCAACCACACAACACUGCGCCAACAUCUGAUCUCCAACCACACAACACUGCACCAACAUCUGAUCUCCAACCACACAACACUGCGCCAACAUCUGAUCUCCAACCACACAACACUGCACCAACAUCUGAUCUCCAACCACACAACACUGCACCAACAUCUGAUCUCCAACCACACAACACGGCUUCAUCACGCCUUUAG